AUGUCGGUUGCAUCAAAGAACCUUUACGAGCUUCUCGGCAAUACGCACGAUGAGGACUCCGACAAGGAACCCGAGCCACCUGUAAAGGUCAUCGACAAGACCCCCGCGAGAACCAUCAAGCGUAAUGCCGAUGGCGUUGCACCAGCUUCCAAGGCUACUGCAGGAACUGAAGGUCGAGGUAGUCGUCGCGGAGGUCUCGCCGGCAAUGAAGCUGCUUUCCGUGACCGCAACGCUGGCAGCGCCAACAACCGAUCCAAGCCCACAGAGGAGGGCCGACAAGAUAGACCUGCCCGUGCCCAGGGAUCAUACGAUGGACGUGGGCGCGGUGGACGUGGUGGCCGAGGAGGUGGCAACUUCGACAGACACAGCCGUGGCGUCGGAGGCGAGUCUGAGAAACAGGCCAACCACGCUUGGGGCGCCAUCGAGGGCGGAGCCGAACUCGCCGAUGAGCAAGCUGGCGAAGCUAUUGCCAAUGCCGAGUCCAAGGAGGCUCUGGCCGGUGAUGCCGCACCCACCGAUUCUGCCGAGCACGCCGAGGCCGAGCCAGAGGACAACUCCAUCAGUUUCGAGGCUUACCAACAAAUCUUGAAGGAGAAGAGAGAGGCUCUUGGCGCUGGGGUCCCCGAGGCCCGCAAGGCUAACGAGGGCAGCAAGCAGGACAAGAAGUGGGCAGCAGCCAAGGAGCUUUCCAAGGAUGAGGAGGCCGACUUCUUCGCAGCAUCUGCCGGGAAGACCAAGCGUGUCAAGGAGCGCAAGGAGAAGCAGGUACUCGAGAUUGACCAGCGCUUCGUCGAGGCCCCCGAGCAACGUGGAGGACGUGGAGGUGGAUUCCGUGGUGAGGGUCGUGGACGUGGCGAGGGCCGUGGUCGCGGAGGACGAGGCGACUUCCGAGGACGUGGCGAAGGCCGUGGUCGUGGCGGACGCGGUGAUGGACCUCCCAGAGGCGGUCGCAGUGGUGCUCCCCGCGGUGGCGCUGCGUCCAUCAACACCAGCGACACCAGCGCUUUCCCAAGCCUAGGCGCAUAG